AUGCUGGACUCUUCAUUAUCACAAAAGCUAAACAUCUUUCAGACACAAAGAAAAGCAAUGCACAGUUGUGACAUGACUUACAUUUACCCAACCUACAUUCGAGUUGAACAUCAGCCAAAGACGACCUUUUCCAAAAAGUAUACGCUUUAUCUCUACCGAGAAGGCUUUGUUGAUUCUGAGCAACUAGUAGGCGUACCUGUUUUAUUCAUACCUGGGCAAGCAGGAAGUUAUAAGCAAGUAAGGUCAUUGGCAUCAGAAAGCUCAAAAUAUUCUCGUACGCAAAAGAAUGUGCAGGAUUUGGAUUGGUUUACGCUCGAUCUGAAUGAAGAAUUAACUGCAUUUUCUGGCCAACAUGUCUUGGAUCAAGCGAAUUAUGUCAAUACUGCUAUUCAAACAAUACUCAAUCUAUAUCAUGGUCGAGUGGAUUCGGUGAUCAUUGUCGGACAUUCAAUGGGUGGUAUUGUUGCUAGGACCUUGAUGAGGUUGCCAAAUUAUGCUCCCAAUAGUGUUCGUACCAUCUUGACAUUAGCGACGCCACACACUAGUGCGCCUGUUUUACUGGAUCCAGUUCUUUACAGAUUAUACCAAGAUCUAUCUCGGUUUUGGGAACCAAAUCAGUUUACAAAGGAGGGAAAACUCAGGAACGUGACAUUAGUCUCUAUCGCAGGUGGAUCGUUAGAUAACAUUGUUCAUUCAGAUAGCACAGGCGUUCACAGCAUUGUGCCUGAAUCGCAUGGAUUCGCAAUCUUUUCGACAUCCAUACCCUUUGUAUGGACAGAGUCAGACCAUAUGGCUAUUCUGUGGUGCAAUCAAUUAAUCAAGCGACUGGCAGCAACAUUAGUAAAUAUACAUGAUCCUACCAUGUCUGUUCAUGAUCGUAUGGACGUAUUCAAUCAGCAUUUGCUGGAAACAAAGUCAAGUAACUUGGUGACCCAUCACUCCUUUUCAAUGCCACAGCAUGUUCAAGUGAUGAAUAUGACAGGAAACGGUAGCCAUCUCUUUUUUACAAAUACGAAUCAACCACGACUCACAGUUGUUAAAUACUCUGAAAGCUUAAAGUUACUUACAGAUGUGCCUGAAGAAAGCGACCAUCACUGGUUACUGGUGUCUUGUAAAAAAGCCAUGGAUGACUGGUCAUGCCAGCCAUUGAACGAUGUGUUGGUAACGAUACUUCCUUCUGCUAGUGCACCUACUGGAUCCUACAGGUCUUUCACUCUGUCUUCUUCAAAGCCAAUUGAAUAUGUCGGUAUUUUGGAACAGACCAAGAUUACCUUACAAGAUAACAAUGAUGUUCCAUUCUUUAUCAUUUAUAAUGAUGAAGCAACUGUACAUUGGUCAAGCACUUGGGAUAUUGUGAUGCGCCAAAAAGAGCCUUUAUUGAUAGCUAAAAAAUACGUUUCAAGGCACGUGUUUCCUCGACUACGCAGUUCCUUGUUCGCCUAUGAUCUGCAUCUCAAAUCAUCCAAGCCUGGAGCAGGAUUGAUUCCACUCAUGGUACGGCAAACAGUCAAUGGCCAAGAACCUAAGUACUAUAGACAGAUGAAGGAAAACGAAUCCGUUAGGGCUACGUUUCAUCAAGCUACAGGCGAUGGUGAAGGUUUAGCCUUUAGCUUUUACACGGAUAAUCAGGCAGUGGAACUUGUCAUGCGUUUUGAUUGGUAUGCUACUCUUGGUCGUUGCUUACUCCGAUAUGGAUCAGUGAUGCUUAAUUUCAUGUAUGUUUGUACGCUGAUUAUGCUGAUAAACCAAUGCUCUACCUAUGUACAUAUCGGAAGCCGUAAAUUUGUGUCCUAUAAGGCAGCCUUACUGGGCUGUAUGAGGUCAGAUUUUAUACACAUUAUGGCGUUACUGCUCUUUUUGAGCUCAUACCAGUAUUUUGCAAGAUCACAUCAAUUGAUGAUGACAAGCUAUCUACCCUUAUACAGUGCAAUAACCAAGGACAUGUUCUUUGGAAAUGACGAUCCCAUAUUUAUUCUCGUGACAGUAUUUCUAUUUAUGCUGAGUGUUGGUCUAACAGCUAUCGUCUGGCUUCUCAUAUCUUUUUUAACGGCUUUACUGAGCAAAUUGAUUAAAUGUAUGUACCAAGUCAUUUCUGUAAAUACAACAUCACAGACAUCAUCUUGGAGACAUUUUUUCAUACACGCGUCAAUCGUGCUCGCCCUUGUGCGGCUUGUACCCACAUCUGUACUAAUCACCAUAUACUACAUCAUUUGGCUUAUAAUGACAGCUACCUCUCAUACAAGUUCUAAUUUACCUUCUCCUCAAAACACGUACAGAUAUCGUCAAUCAUGGCUUAUGUUUUUAACAUCCCUGCUGCCCUAUCACAUACCAGGUACCAUUGUUUAUAUAAAGAAUAUUUUAGCAGGUUGGACACGUCCGACACAGCCACUAUGGUUAAUCAUGCAACAACUUCCAACCGUUUUUAUCUUGAUCUACUUGGUUACCUUGGGUAAUCAACCCAAAACAAUGUCUCUUAGAUGGUUAGCAUUCGGUAGAUACGCUCUUUACGGCAUCAUUAUGCAUCAGCUCCUGUUUGGUUUUAGACACCCCUUUAUUAUACCCAUUGGUUUUUUUAAAUAG